AUGGCUUCCAUCAUGUCGCCGCACGACAAUUUGUUGGGCGAGGGUCAUGGCUAUGCCAUCGCAACGCUGCUCGUAGCUGCGCCGGCGCUGUCGAUGACCUUUGGCUCGAUGGCCGUGCGCCUCGGCGUGCCCUCAGACAUUGUGCAAGCACGUUUCCAAAACUUGUCGGCUGGGCUCCUGAUUGGUGCGUUGCUCGCGGAGAUUUACCCAAUGCUGCACGAUCGCCUCAUCGGUGAAGACGGUGCAAAGCAUGUGGAGGUCUCGAACUGCCUGUCGGCUUUGGUAGGCUUCUUGCUGGCCCUUGGAGUGAUGUACGGCCUCCAUUCGCUCGAGCACUCCCAAAGCCCUGUUGAGGCUGUUGAGGAGGUUCUGCACAAGGCCAGCACUGCCGAGUUGGAGGACGCGGAAGCUCCCGCUUCGCCUGGGAGCGUGGCUGUGCAGCGCAUGGCGACUGCACAGAUCGCCAAGUUGCGUACUGGGGGUUCCAAUCUGGAUGUUGCCAUAAGUGCACUCAGUAAAAUCCAGAAGGACGAGGGUGACAUCGACGUGGACAGUCUCGACGAGCAUCUGCACCUCAUGGAUUUUGCGAUUGAUUGCAUGCGCCGGACCUGCCAUGGCGUCGAUGUCCUCACUGGGACGGCUACUCAGGAGGCCCGUGCGAAGAUUGCAGAGCUCGUGCAGGACGUCGAGGCAUUGCAGGGGAUGAGUCCGCGCAAGGUUGGUGCGAUGGAUUGGCAGCUCCAGCGUGCAAGCGCAAGCGUGAGGCGGCUGCAUGCGCAAACGACUCCAGGGUCGUUUCGCCGAUGGGCCCUGCGUCGCACAGCAUCUCAAGCCUCACAACUUUGUGAGGAGCACGGCAGCUUGCCCGGAUUGCCCUGGGGCCUCGUUUUUGCCGUCGCCAUUGAUGCAGCUGUGGAUGGCAUGCUGAUCGGUCUGUCGACUUCCACGUCUGUUGGUGCAGGGAUGCUCAUGGCCAUCGCCACUGUCAUUGAGAUGGGGUUCCUUGGCUACAGCUUCGCCUGCACGCUCAUGUCAGGCGUGAAGCAAGCGAAGCGAAGCCCUGGUGUCCUUGUGCCUUUGCUUGCGCUCCCUCCGCUGUGCCUUGCUGGCUUCGGUGUUGGGGCCUAUGCCAUCGGCGCGGCCCUGCAGCAGUGUUUUGUCUUCACCGGCCUUGUCAGCUUCUCUUUAGUCGCAGUGCUCUUCCUCGUGAUCCAGGAGCUGCUCCUAGAAGCGGCAGAGAAGAAUCAGGAUGAGAAUUGGAAUGUGAGUAUUUUCAUUUACGUCGGGCUUUUCAUCAGCUUCGGCUUGGAGGUUGUGCUUUGA